GCGCGCGGCGGUCACGUGUUCCCGUGCUCCCUGCCGCCCCCUCCCCCCCAGCCGGUCGCCUCCUGUACCGCCGCCGCGGCCCGCCGCUUUGUGAAGACGGCAAGAUGGCGGCCAGUAACUAUUACGGCUUCGCGCAUGGUGCUGCCGCCGCCGGGCCCCAGUACAGCACUCAACCUGCUACAGCUUAUUCCCACCCAACCACUGCGGCAAGCUACACUGUCCAGCAAGCUCCUGGGGUGGCACAUACUGUGACGCCAUCUUAUGCUCCCACAGUGCAGGCUGCCAGGCCAGUUGCAACUGCUGCCUAUGGAGUAUACCAAUCGCAUUCAGGACAGGACUAUGGUUAUGGAACUCGGCCGCAGGAACCUCCCCCCCAGCCUACUACAACACCAAACUACCAGGAUGGUUACAGUUAUGGACGGUCUACAUCUGCAAGCAGCUAUGAGAGCAAACAGUACUACCAGCCAGUUGCUACCCAGCCUCAACACACUGCCACAGACUCGUACUACCAGUCAAGCUCCAAAGGUGGCUACAGUCAAUCUAGUGGUAUUUAUAGUCAGAGCCAGCCACAGAGACAGGUGACUACAAUUAAGCCAGUUCAAACAGUGAGCGCCACAUCUUCAAGCUACAAUGCCUACCCAACAGUAACAACUGUUCAGCAGAAUGCAUCUGCCUCCUCCAUCUCCUCGUACACCCCCUCCUCUUCAUACAACUCCACUUCUGCAUCAUACUCUGGGUCAAAUUACUCCAGUUAUGAUGCCACAGCAUACACAGCAGCUAGCACUUACUAUCAGCCACCUCAGCAGCCCCAGGCCCAGCAUCAGCAGCCGCCACCCCCGCCACAGCAACCGAAAUCUACGAGCUCUUCUUCAUGGAGCAGCACAGUGAACAGCACCACCACCAACUCUAGCAACAGCUUCAGCAAAAAAACACCUUUUCAAAACAAACAGCUGAAACCCAAAGGGCCCCCUAAACAGCCUCAGCUUCACUACUGUGAUAUCUGCAAGAUCAGCUGUGCUGGUCCACAGACUUACCGGGAGCACUUGGAAGGACAAAAGCACAAAAAGAAGGAGGCAGCUCAGAAGACGGGUAACCUGGCAAACUGUGGCCCUCGUGGGGUGCAGACUCAGCUUCGAUGCGAGCUCUGUGAUGUCUCCUGUACAGGAGCAGAUGCAUAUGCAGCACAUAUCCGGGGAGCGAAGCAUCAGAAGGUUGUUAAAUUGCAUACUAAAUUGGGGAAGCCCAUCCCUUCAGUAGAGCCUGUAGUAGUGAACUCUGGUUCAGGUCCUACCAUCGCUGCAGCAAGUAAGCCAGCUGCCCAUGCCCCUACAGCUACAUCUGUUACAUCAACAAAACCAACAGCUGUAGCAACUAAUAGUGCAAGCAACAUAAGCAAGCCAGUGCCAGCGAAGAAACCUGUUGCAUCCAAGAUAACAUUUUCAGGGACUAAUAAACUUCAGGCAACAAGCAUCAAAUUGGAGGAAGUGAAGGUGAUGCAACCAAAAUCAGAGCUACAAAAUGAUGGCUCUGGGGAUGGCCCAGGGGGUUUAUUUGACGUACAACCUGUGGGACAUGACUAUGUGGAAGAGGUACGCAAUGAUGAAGGAAAAAUGAUCCGGUUUCACUGUAAGCUCUGCGAGUGCAGUUUCAAUGAUCCUAAUGCCAAGGAUAUGCACCUGAAGGGGCGUAGGCAUCGGCUCCAGUACAAGAAGAAAGUAAACCCAGAUCUACCAGUUGAGAUCAAGCCCAGUAACCGAGCUCGGAAAAUGCACGAGGAGAAGAUGAAAAAGCAGAAACAGAAGGAUAUGAUAAAGAGACGCAGAGAGGAAGAGCAGCGUUGGCACAUGGAAAUGAGGCGCUAUGAAGAGGAAAUGUACUGGCGGCGGGUAGAGGAAGAGCAGUUAUACUGGGAAGAGCAGCGGCGUCGGAUGGCUGCAGACUGGCAUCCACCCCCACUUAUGGGCAGACCUGGCAUGCCAGUUCCUCCUCUCUUGCCUACUAGACGUCCAGACUCUUCUGAUGACCGUCACAUCAUGACAAAACACUCUAGCAUCUACCCAACAGAAGAGGAGCUGCAGGCCAUCCAGAAGGUCGUCUCCCAUUCUGAACGUGCUCUUAAGCUCGUCUCUGAUUCAUUGACAGAGCAAGAAUCUGACAGAGAAGAAGAUGAUGAAGAGAGGGGGAAAGCAGAAACUGCACCCCGAAUUCUGAAAGGUGUAAUGCGAGUUGGCAUUCUGGCAAAAGGGCUUCUGCUCCAAGGAGACAGGAAUGUUCAUCUUAUCCUACUCUCUGCCCAGAAACCUACACACACCCUCUUAAAGAACAUCACAGAGCAGCUGCCCAAGCAGCUUUCAACGUUAACUGAAGAUGAGUAUGAAGUUUCAUCCGAUGCUGAGGAAGCAAGUAUACUCAUCUGUUCGUACAAGGAACCAAAAAUGCAGGUCACAAUUUCAGUCACAUCUCCUCUCAUGAGAGAGGAUGCUUCUGCUGACGAAGAAGCAGCAGCAGAAUCUCAGCCUGACCCCUGUGAUAUUUUGAGUCAACAGAAAUGCCUAGAGUCAUUGGCUGCCCUUCGUCAUGCUAAAUGGUUCCAGGCUAGAGCUAACGGUCUGCAGUCAUGUGUGAUUAUCAUCAGGGUUCUGCGAGAUCUUUGCCAGCGUGUACCAACAUGGGGGGCACUUCCAGAUUGGGCAAUGGAACUUCUUGUAGAAAAAGCUUUAAGUAGUGCAACAAGUCCGCUAAGUCCUGGAGAUGCCAUGCGCCGAGUUCUUGAAUGUGUAGCCACAGGAACACUUUUGAUGGAUGGACCUGGGCUACAAGAUCCCUGUGAGAAAGAUGAAAUGGAUGCUCUAGAGACUAUGACCAGUCAGGAACGAGAGGAUAUUACAGCCAGUGCACAGCAUGCUUUAAGGAUGCUAGCUUUCAGGCAGAUACACAAAGUACUUGGAAUGGACCCUUUGCCACCUCCUAAAAAUAGACUUAAUGCACGUAACAGAAAAAGGAGACGAGACACCAGUGAGACAGCUGAGGGCGAGGGCGACGGGAAGAAGGACAAAAAAGAGGAAGAUGAUGAUGCCUAACCACUGUUGUAGCAUUUGCUGAGAUAAUGUUCACAUGACUUUAAUUUUUUAUAUAUAAAUAUGAGUUGCUGUUUAGUCUACGACAUUUGGCAAUUUUAGUGUUUUUCCCCUUGAAAUAACGUACUGUAGAUUUGUUUUAAAUUGUGCUUAAAUCAUUACAGAAAUUGCAUCAUUCCAUAAGAGUAAAGUUGAUUAUGGCAACAGUCCCUCUCCCUCUAUUACGUUCCCUUCCUGUGCGCCGCCCCCCGCUCUCCCUCCACUCCAAAAGAAACCCUCCCCACAGCAAAAUAGGUAGAUUGAGGCAGGCACUUUUUUUAAACUCUGGUAUUUCUCUUAAGCUUUAAAUAUGUCCCAUGACAUGUAAAGAAAAACACAAGUUUAUUGGGUUUGUAUCUUUAAAAAGUUGUAUCCUUGUUCACUUUAGAUGUCCAGCCUGAAAUUGGAGGCAGUUUCUUGCUGGAUCUGGAGUGUCUGUCUGAAAUUGACAAGUUUGAUUUGAUUUUUUUUUUUUUUUUUUUUUUUUGGAAGGGGAUCUUGCACUUUGUGCGCUCCCACUUUGGGGCAGUGAAGUGGGUGCUGCAUUGUAAAGAGGUACAUAAGCUGCUUGCUCAGAGCCAUUUUUGGCAAACCAGCCAACUUAUAAAUGACAGUUGGCAGUAGAAAUGAGAGUCUGAAAUGUUUAAUUCCCUUGGAUUUAUAGUUCUCCAUUAGACACAGCACAGUGUACUUAAAAACACCCCUGUAAAACAUGCUGUCUAAAACAAAAAAAAGAGGGGAAAAAACUGGAACAGUUUCUCCUGUUUGGUUUUGUGGUUUGCAACUUUGCAUAAUUUUUUCUCUUCCGGGAAAGCAAAAAAUAUGUUCCAGUAGAGGUGACACUAUGAGUAGGGGUAAGUGCUACUCUAACCAGUCUGAAGCGGUGGUGCUAAGAAUAGGGCCAGAGUGCUAACUUUCUAAUACCCCGUACAUGACAGUAUAAUCACUAACCACAGAGAUUCUCUGCAUACCAAUGAGUGCCUUCUAAAGAGAGGUGGCCAGGACUCACACAGGGAAAAAGCUGCUGCUUGUUGUUGGUUUUUGUUUUUUUGUUUUUUUAAAUCAGCACAGUUUCACAUCUAGUCUAUUUUUAAAGCCAGGCAUUUCUCAGUAGCACCUCUCGGAAAUAGAAAAUUUCAGGCUUUGAUAGCUCUGCUUGUUUGGGCUACCAUUCCAUAAAAUCUACUGCUGCUGAGCAAAUGAAGGGGGUCCUAGCUGCACUGACAGAAACGGGGGCGAAGGGCUUGGUCUCAGCACGUGGUGUACAGCCAGUAGGCCCAUCUGGGAAAGCUGAUAGCCUAGCGUUGGGCAGCCAGUAGUGAUUGGAUCAACCUGUUUCUAUGUGGAGGGUUUCUCAAUUGGUUGCCCAAUGGCAUUUUUUUUUUUUAAAAAACUUUUAUUUUGACAAUGUUGUGUUCUAGGGUCACUUGACAUGGUUCAUUUGGUUCUUUUAUGUGUGUUUAAAGGACGGCCUGUAACGUGGCUUUAAUAUUUGAAUGUCUUUGUAGUGCUACCUGGAAAAAAGGAGAAAAAAGAAAAAUAAAAUAAAGGAGUUAUGCUUCCAUUUUCUAUGUAACGUCUAGUGUUUAACCAGUGAAUCCCACUAGCACAGUGGUCCCCAAAUUUUUCAGGGUCGCGCCCGCCUUAUCCCAUCAACCUUCACGGCUCCCAGCACAGGGGUAAAGGGACCACAGCUAAGGGUGGAUCUGGGCGGGGAGCGGGGCUGCGAACAGAGCCAUGGUGAGGGGCCGAGGCUGAGAGCAGGGGUGGAGACCCAGCCCAGGCCAUGGUGGGGAGCUGCAGUCUGCAGCUGAGCCCACAGCCACGUGCUGUUCCACUCUUGUCCCCAGUCUUGGCCCUGGGUCGGGAGCAGAGCUGCGGUGUGGACCAGCAUCUGUGUGUGGGGUGGAGCUGGUGGCGUUCCCUCCCUAUGGAGGUUGGCCCAGGCCCCGCCGCAGCCUCCCGGAACUUUCCGGCGCGCCCCAUAGUUUGGGGUACUCUGGAUUAGCAAGUGAUCACAAGUCAGGUAGCUGAUUGGAUGGAUGGUGAUUAUCCCAAGCUCUCAGCACUUCAACUUCACACCCAGAUCCUCAUUUAAACCUUGUUUUUAUAACUCUAUUAAUACUUUGGUUUGGGUUUUCUAACAUUAUUCAGCAUUUUUAAUCUCAACAGCAAAUUCUUGGAUUAUCUUUUUAAUGAAAAAUACUUGUUCUGUUCACCAUUAAAUAGAACUCAGCUGAGCUUCCCGUUAAAAGCACAUUAAGUUGCUUUUUUUCCUUGAACCCCUGGGGAGAAGACCAAAACCCUUUUGUAUCUGUAUCUCAAAUUGAAGUGAAUCUCUCCCCAAGAAAAGGGGUCAGUUGGAACUGUGAACAAAGGUUUAGGUUUAUAUUUGUGAAAAUGGUUGGAUUGGCUGCAGCUGAUGAUGAAUUCCUUAGGACAGCAAUUCUGGGCUCAGGUCCUGAGUGCCAAGAAAUCACACCCAAGACAGUGUGAUGAGUUGAAAGUCUCGUGAGGACUAGAAUUAUUGCAUUCCAUGCCAAGGUGCUACACGAAUGCUCUCUUGCGGUUGUAAGGCAACAGCAGUGAACAUAGAAAAGUUUCUCUUUGUGCAUAGACCUUCUGUGGCCUGAUUGGGGCUCUUCAGGUUACAUUUGCAUUCUCCUCUUUAGGCAGUUGUGACCCAUCAGCGGUGUUUUGCUGACUGAUUGGUAUAUCCUAUGGAAGCUGAAGGUUUCCUUUAGUAACCGCCUAGCUCAGGGCGUGGUGAUAGUGAGGAAAUGAUUUUGCAAAUUAGUUCAUGUUUAUAUGCUGGUUUAAGAUAAGAGUGUAGGGAGAAGCAGGAGAAGAGCUUCAAAUUCUAAGCACUGAGAGCAGAUCAAUGUGAUGCAAGAUGGUCAGCCGGUCUGACACAUCUUCUGAGACAGCUCCACACCGAGAAACUAGCCCUUGCUAAUUUAGAGCUUAUAUAUGCCAUUUUUAACCUAUAUUUGAUUCAAGGCCUUCUCAGUUUACGGAGAAAGCUUACAUUGGCCCUUUAAAGAGUUUGUGUGCUCUCGAAUAUGGUGUGGUAUUUGUCUGGCUGUCCCAUCUCACUGACACUGAUGAAACCCACAUUAGGUUAUUGUUUGGAUUGCAUUAAAUGAACUUCUGUUCUUUGCCUUCUAUGUACAAUCUUGAGAGUUGUGUCAGGUAACAGAAUAUUCCAGAGUGAUUAAUGUACAAUAAUGUGGGUUUUGUUUUUAAGUUAUUCCUUGUUUCCCAUAAAUUGGUUGCUGUUCUUUCCAUAAUGAUGAUGAUCCUGUGUUCUGAAGAUUCUCCCCUGCACGCCUGUCUUGGAAAAUGGAAAAAUAAAAGCUUGAAACCCUCCAACAUUUCAGAUAAGAAUUUAAUGCUGUUCUGUAAAUGCUGCACUUAACCAUUUUGUUAAGAGCAAACAUUGUUUGGGUAUAGUGAUACGCCUUUUUCUGGGUUUUCUUUUUGAUCUUUUACAAAUAAAUAUAUUUAAAAGGA